AUGGGAAAUUUUACGUUGAUCACUCUUCUAUCAGUGUUAUGCGCAGUGAUUUUACAAGUUGGGACUCAGUUCGAACCGGAGAAAGAGUGCUUUUGCAGAUCGUAUGAAGCUAUCGAAAGCUGUCAAUGUACAGCAGAAAGUAUCGAUUAUUUUAAUAACUACAAAGUGUUUCCUAUACUGCAGAAGCUUCUCACUCGUGACUUUUUUAGAUUUUACAAGGUUAAUAUGGAGAAAACGUGUCCAUUUUGGCCAGAUGAUCGGCAAUGCAUGAGCAAAGAAUGUGGUAUUGGUUACUGUGAUGAUGAGGUUCCGUGUGGUCUGAAGCAACCAUCCGUCAUAUCCGUGGUUCGUUCUGAACUCAAUCAAACUUCUUCAAAAAAAGAAUCUAUUAUUACUCAGAUUCGUGGACGUAGUUCAAACUGUGGCAGCGAGGAAAGCAAUUCAUUCGAUCCAUUAGAUAGGACACUUACAGAUGGGGAUCGUCGACAACUAAGUGAUAUGGAUUGGCACGAUGAAAAUAAGGAUAAAUUUUGUGACUUUGAAGAUGAAGGUUCAGCGGAUAUGCAUUACGUUGAUUUAUCACGGAAUCCAGAACGAUAUACUGGUUACAAGGGUGGCAGUGCUCAGAAAGUGUGGACUUGUAUUUAUCAAGAGAAUUGCUUCAAACCAAACAUGAAAUACGACAAAAAUUAUCUUAUUCACCCUAACUCCUUCGGCAUGUGUUUCGAGAAACGUGUUUUUUAUAGUUUAAUAUCAGGUUUACAUUCUGCAAUCACCAUAUCCAUUGCUGCCAACAGCUUCAAAUCAAAUCCAGUCAGUUUUGGAGAUGGAAUAUGGUAUAGAAACUACGACCUUUUUAACGAUCGAUUCGGGACGAAAUGGACUUCCGAAGGGCCGCAGAGGCUGAAGAAUGUUUACUUUGUCUACCUUCUUGAAUUGAGAGCUUUAGUUAAGGCAGCACCAUAUUUUCGAAAGGAACUGUUUUACACCGGCAUUGCAAAGGAAGACGCUGAAACACGCAAAACAGUGGAAGAAUUGAUGAAAACUUUAAAAGAAUUCAAGGAUCCUUUCGACGAAACUGAGAUGUUCACAGGUGUUGAAGCUGUAGCUCGAGAACUGCGUGAAGAAUUUCGUCAACAUUUUUUCAACAUUUCACGAAUUAUGGAUUGCGUUGGCUGUGAUAAAUGUCGUUUAUGGGGAAAGCUGCAAACUCAUGGAAUGGGAACUGCUUUGAAAAUUUUAUUCUCAGAUUUACCUACUUCACAUUAUAAAGCUCACGAUGGUUCUGUCUAUCCACCUUUUCAAUUGACAAGAAACGAAGUCGUCUCGUUAUUCCAGAGUUUUGGUAGAUAUGCAUCAAGUAUAAAAGAAGUUGAUGAAUUUCGACGGGCAACGUAUUAG